CCUACCGCCUGUAUCCACGCGAGCCGGCAGAACGCGAGCCGGCAAGCAUGUCCGGCGAGCAACGAGGCGAGAGGGGCGGGCCGAGCGCACUGCUGAGCGGGCUGCCCGUGCGCGACGCAAACGCCUUUGCCCAGCGGAAACUGGAUGCGGCGAGCUUCCCGGUCACGGAGGCGCCAACCUACCUCGCCACGCACGACCGCACGAGCCCCCCUCCCGACCAAGGCGUGUACCGGCGUCAAAAGGGUUCCCACCCACGCCUGCAGACCCACGCCCAUCCCUGCCCAUCGAAAAGCUCGCCCCGCCGCAGUUGUCGGCACGGAGACGACAAACAUCAUCCUGCGGCACUUCCGGCAGCUCGCCGAGAAGCAACGCGAGCGGCAAAAGCGGGCGCCCCCCGCUGCAGAGGCGGCGCGGAAAACCGCCAAGCUCGCCCGGCCGACAAGUCAAUGAUUCUUUCACUCUUUUUUCGGGCACUUUUUGAGAGGUGGAAGGCCGCUUCGGAAGGGCACCGUCGGCCCACCGUGAACCUUCCUUUUUUAGGUAGGUGCACCGGCUGUGCCGCUGUGCAGACACACACUCUCUCUCUUGCCACGGCUGUAUUAUUGAUGAAAACAAGCUGUCACCGAA